UGAGCUGUAAAAAAAUGGCGGAUGUUGAAUCUCUGUUCGAAUUCGUCCACAUGGAAAUUGUGGCAUACUUUCUCAAUAAACCUGGAAAAAAUGUCGAUAAUGAUGUUAUACAAAAUCUUGAACGCCUUGGGUUUGGAGUUGGGCAAAGACUUGUGGAAAGAUUCACUAAAGAUUCAGGUCGCUUUAAGGAUGAACUUGAGAUCAUGAAGUACAUUUGUAAAGAUUUCUGGACAGCUGUUUAUAAGAAGCAAAUUGACAAUUUACGAACAAACCAUCAGGGUACAUAUGUACUCCAGGACAAUAAUUUUCAGCUGUUGACACAGAUGUCAGAUGGAAAACAAUAUACAGAGGAUGCACCCAAGUUCUUAGCCUUUCCAUGUGGUCUUAUAAGAGGAGCUCUAUCAAACCUUGGUCUUACCUGUUCAGUGAGUGCGGAUGUGUUAUCCAUGCCUAAAUGUAAAUUUCAAAUUGUCAUUCCAAAAUCAUAGCAAUGAUUUUACAGAAACUCACAUUUUAAAGGUCUCUUCCCUGAAUGGAAGAAGAGAGAUUUUUUUUCUUAAGACUGGUGAUACACCAGCACUGUAUGCGAGAACAUGCAUUAUUGACAAGUUGUAGAGCUACUGAAAAAGAAAGCCAAGUUUGAAGUUUUCUUGAACUUUACUAACUACAGAUUGUAUAUAAAUUAUCAGUUAUUUGUAGAAAGUUAAUGUAAUUGUAUAAAAAUGACAAUCUCUGAGUCUUUUAUCUA